GAUUGCUUGGAGCGUUGUGUGACUGCUGCUGAGGAGCAGCCCUCCAGAGACGGACUGCACCCCUGCCCAUCCAUUCAUCCUCGGAUCAAACUGCAGCCACACCAAGGUCUUCCUGGGUCAUGAAGCUGCGUCUGCACUUCGUGGUGGACCCUCUGGGAUGGCUGUGUGUCAGCAUGGUCUUCGGCAUCUGGCUGUACAACAGCGUCUUUGUCCCCACGCUGGUCCUCCUGCCGCACUACAACGAAGGACACAUAUCCUGGGCCCUGGUCAUCUGUUACUACCUGGCGUCGGCGCUCUGCAUCCUGGCGCUGUUGAGGGCGUCCACGGCGGACCCCGGCCGUCUGCCCCCGGACCCCCACAUCCCCUUCUCCGAGCGCGCCGACUGGGAGCUGUGCAACAAGUGCAACCUGAUGCGGCCCAAGAGGUCCCACCACUGCAGCCGCUGCGGCCACUGCGUCCGCCGGAUGGACCACCACUGCCCCUGGAUCAACAACUGCGUGGGCGAGGACAACCACUGGCUGUUCCUGCAGCUCUGCUUCUACACCCAGGUGCUGAGCCUCUUCACCCUGGUCAUGGACUUCUGCCAGUACUACUACUUCCAGCCCCUGACCGUAUUGGACCAGGAUGCGUUCACCACGCAGCACGAGCUGGCCCUCCUGAGAGUCUCCGCGCUGAUGGGUCUGGUGAUGUUCGGGGGGAUGGGGAGCCUCUUCUACACCCAGAUGGCCGGCAUCAUCUCCGACACCACCACCAUUGAGAAAAUGUCUCGGACCUUAGAUGAAAUUCACGUGACCAAGAGGUCCUGGCAGUGGGCGCUCUCCGAGGUGUUCGGAACGCGCUGGAAGCUCUUGUGGCUGAUCCCCCUGCGGAGCCGACACCCCCUGCAGGCCGCUCACAGCUUCCGCAACGAGGUGUAGUCUGACCUCUGACCUCUGACCCCCCCCCGGCCCCCCACCCGUCCGUGGGCCGCCGCCGCUGGGGGGGGGGCGGCGAGGCGAGGAUCCAUCGAGUCACGCUCCACGCCGCGCCGCCGCUUCGCCUUCAACGUCGUCUUGUGUGUGUCCUGCGUCGGCACGGGAACGAAAAACAACGCUUUUUAUUUAGUUUUCUACCGAAGCCUCGCUCUGCUUUGGGUCUGAGCGGAACAGAGCGGAACAGAGCGGAGAUGAGGGGUAACACUCCACCGCGAGAGAGACCCAGACGCCCUGCUCUCUGUGUCUGUGUUUGUUGCGACCUCGAUCGUCUCCAAUCGUCACUGUGACUGCUGCUGCUGCCGCUGCUCGCAUUCAGGAUUCCCUCCCUUCUCUUCAUGCAAUGUUACUCCGGAAUCGACGGACAUCUUUCCUCACAGUCCCGGGAGCCAGAAGCAGAAAGGAGCCCUCUCAGGUUACCUCAAUGGGCUUUGUCCACGAGGCAGCCAUCUUGGUUCCAAACGCUAGCUGGGUCAGGGGAAGUGGAACCAAGAUGGCUGACAGGUGAACAAGGCCCGUGCAACCAAUACCGAACCUUUUUAAACGGCAGAACAGACAGAGCUUCGGCAGCGGCGAUACGUCCAUCUUAGAAGCGCUGGUUUUAGUGUCGUUGUGAUUCUGUGCCUUGGUCGUUUUUUUAUUUUGUUUUUAAAGCUUUUUUAAUGUACUUUGAUUUGUCACGUAUCAGGUUGGGGGUUUUGUACGACCUGGGUGUACGAUCUCAGCGGUAACGGGGUUGAUUAAGUGCUGUUGACUUUGUCUCACGAAGAGAGAGUUGUAGAGAGGAUGAUUCUGCUUUGUGUGUUUUUUUAACGGGUGGCUGAAGGAUACUCUCGCUGUGUUUCAUGAAUUGAUAAACAUUAGAUUUUCUGCGCGUAUUAUUUUAUACUUUUGUACUUUUGUUUUAAUACUUUCAUUUGAAGGUAUUUUAUGAAACUAUUUUCCUCUAACGAAACACGCUGUUUUGUAAGGCAUGAUCAAAUAUGUGUAACAUAUGUUUUAGGUUUAUAUAGUAAGCUGUACGAAACUCUAGGUUAUCGCCACGUUUUUAGAAAGGCCAAAGUGGAAUCCAAAGAUGUACUCUCCACCUACACUUAGAUAAUCGUAGGUUUUUCAUUUGUUGUUUCUCCCGAGAACUACAAGCAUACUAUAACAGCUGCCUCAUGGCCCAUCCUACUGUCUCCUGUCUGAAUGUAGUCUUGAAUACAACUUUAACAAUGUACGGGAGAGGUUUAUUUAGUACCGCGUAUGGGACAUAGAGGCUAACUAAAAGCCUCUCACCAUCAACCAUAGCACUUAACGUGUGGAGACACAUACGAUGGUGUACAAUUUAAUAUAUAUGCGCAACACGUCUUAUUUUAUGAACUGUAUUGUGAAGAGAAAGUUACUCUACAUUAUACCUCCAUUCAAUGGCACUAGACAUGAAUGAACUACACUUUCUAACAUGUUUCUUGGGGCACUUUUAUUUUGUAGACGGGCCAAUAUCGGACAAGAUGUUUGUAGUCUGGGAUGUUUCACAAUGAAGUCAUUCCUGGCCUUCUGUUAAGUUUUUCCCUUUGUUGUUCUGACGGUGUGUGAGCUGGGGCAGGAGAGGAGGGCCAAACUGGGGGGGGGGGCAUUGUGCUCGGUGGAUUUAAGUGCCUGUCCUACAGCCUUUUUAUGUUUACCUUCAUCACUUUUAUUCACAGUCCACGGUCCUCCGACAAACCAAGUACCCCGGUCACAGAAGAAUCCGUCCGUCUUCGGAAACGACAUAUGUGACCCUUGGGGAAAGGCGAUGGAACGACGGGGGGACUUCAGGGGAAAGAUAGAAUAUAAUGCUGCACUGAUUAACAUGUCUUUACACUCCACUAGCAUGAAAGGGAUGUUAUCCAUAUUAAUGUUGUUGUAUCGGUUGUGUUUCUGUUGGAAUCAAUUCACUGUUUAAAUGUUAACUGUAUAUGCUGGGUUUGGUAUACGCUUUCCCCAAUAAUUAUCAAUUCAAACUUUUGAAGUAAAUUAAGUUUAAUUGAUCAGUUGUCAACAACUGCUACAGGUUUUGAUUUAGAAACGAUUCACGUAAUCUUUUUUUUUUACCUAAAACUGAGGCCUACGGGCUUUGGAAGGUGAUGGAAAAUAAAUAGCAUUUUAAAAUUA